AUGAGGAUUUAAGUAGUACAAAUUAAUGGUCAUUACUUCCUUCACAGGGUUAUGAUCCAUGUUAUUAACUACUGUACUAUAUUGUCUCUUCUUACAGAUUUAGAUGAGUGUAUGGAAGGCAAUGGGGGCUGCCAGCAGAUAUGCGUCAAUAUGAUGGGGAGUUAUGAGUGUGUCGCUGCCGUGAAGGAUUCUUUUUAAGUGACAACCAACAUACAUGUAUUCAGCGACCAGAAGAAGGCUUCCUCUGCAUGAACAGAAACCAUGGAUGUGCACAUAUUUGUCGAGAAACUCCAAAGGGUGUGUCCUGUGAAUGUCGACCAGGCUUUGAAUUGACAGGAAACCAAAAAGACUGCAAAUUGACCUGUAACUAUGGUAAUGGUGGCUGUCAGCACACUUGUGACGACACAGACCAUGGACCCCGAUGUGGCUGCCAUGUCAAAUUUGUUUUGCACUCUGAUGGCAAAACCUGCAUAGGGGAGAGACGCUCCGAUCAGACUCCUAGUGCCCCGAUCUUAGCCAAUGAGACCUGCUCGGUGAAUAAUGGUGGUUGUGACAGCCGAUGCCAUGAUGCAGUAACAGGAGUACACUGCAGCUGUCCUAUGGGUUUCAUGCUACAAGCAGACAGGAAGACUUGCAAAGAUAUUGAUGAAUGUCGUGUCAAUAAUGGCGGUUGUGAUCAUUACUGUCGCAAUUCAGUUGGUAGCUUUGAGUGUGGCUGCAAAAAAGGUUACAAACUGCUAAUUAAUGAAAGAGGCUGCCAAGAUAUUGACGAGUGCUCCUUUGACAGAACAUGCGAUCACAUCUGUGUCAACACUCCUGGGAGCUUUCAGUGUUUGUGUCACAAGGGCUAUGCACUAUAUGGGCUCACUCAUUGUGGAGAUAUAGAUGAAUGCAGCAUUAACAAAGGAGGCUGCAAAUAUGGUUGCAUCAAUAUACCAGGAGGCUUUGAGUGUACCUGUCCAGCUGGUUUUAAACUUCAUUGGAAUCAGAAAGACUGUGUAGAGCUGGUAAAAUGUAUGAUGACUGGUAUGUCCUCCCGAGCGGCUUUGAUUUGUUCUCGAAAUGGGAAGAAAGACACCUGCUCUCUCACCUGUAGCUCGAAGACUUUGCUGCAGCCAGAGUCAGACAGCAGUUUCAUCUUCAGCUGUGGAUCUCCUGCACAUAAACCUGGACUCAGCUCUAAACAGAAUACUAGCCAUCACUGCACUGAAACUCUGGUGCCACCAGUAAAACAGAGAGCAUCCUUCAAACUUAAAGAUUCCAGAUGUGGCCUGAGAGUGCGUGCAGCAGAUCAGCAAGAGGGGAGGAAAGCGCAAGACAUGGAAGUUCUCAUGCACCAUGCUCAGACUGCCAGCUAACAUAUAUUCAGUUGAAAUGUGACUCUCUGUGGAGGAAUAAAGGCCGCAGCACUCGCUCUUCUCCCAGUAAGGAAGUUACCAGGAUCUCAUUGGAGUUGGAAGCUGAAGUCAAAGUAGAGGAGGCCACAUCAAGCUGUUCACUGACAUGCCUCCGUCAGCGUCUGGAACGCAAGAUUAAAUCCAUACUGAAAUCUUUGAGAAAAUCUAUUAAUCAAGAGAGAUUUGUGAUACGUUUAGCAUCUGUAGAAUAUGAGGUAGCGCAAAAGGGAGGCACAGCAACUGAACGAGGAGAAAACUGCACUCCAGGACAUCAACGCAUGUGGGGAAAAUGUGCUAGCUGCCCUCCUGGCACAUAUUACAAUGGUCAACUGGAUCAGUGUCAAGCAUGUCCGCAUGGGACUUUCCAGGAAAAAGAAGGGCAACUGUUGUGUGACCUAUGCCCAGGGGCAGAAGCCAGUGGACCACCAGGAGCCAUUAAUAUUACAGCUUGUACUGGUCAGUGCCUUUCAGGGCACUUCUCUACAGAUGGCUAUAGACCUUGUCAAUUGUGCCCACGUGGUAUGUACCAACCAGAAGCUGGGCGGACGCAAUGCUUAUUUUGUGGAGGGGGACUGAGCACUAGACAUGAAGGAGCUAUAUCUUUCCAAGACUGUGAAACUAAGGUCCAGUGCUCACCAGGCCAUUACUAUAACACAACUCUACAUCGCUGUAUUCGCUGUACGAUUGGCUUUUAUCAGCCUGAAUUCCGACAGAACUUCUGUAUUGCAUGUCCUGGAAACUCCAGCACGGACUUCGAUGGCUCCACCAGUGCCGCCCAGUGCAAGAACCGGCAUUGUGGAGGGGAACUGGGGGAUUACACUGGUUUUCUAGAGUCACCAAAUUAUCCAGGAAACUACCCCUCUAGUGUUGAAUGUACAUGGAACAUCAAUCCGCCACCCAAACGUAAAAUUCUGCUAGUGGUACCUGAGAUUUUCCUGCCCUCUGAAGAUGAGUGUGGAGAUGUACUGGUCAUGCGCAAAAAUGCUUCACCUUCAUCCAUCACCACCUACGAGACUUGUCAGACUUAUGAGAGACCUAUUGCCUUCACAGCACGAUCACGCAAGCUUUGGGUACACUUUAAAAGUAAUGAGGUCAAUAGUGCCCGUGGUUUCCAAGUGCCUUAUGUCACAUAUAUGAUGGACUAUGAACAGCUAGUAGAAGACAUUGUGAGAGAUGGCAGACUAUAUUCUUCUGAAAAUCAUCAGGAAAUUUUGAAGGAUAAGAAGCUGAUUAAGGCUUUUUUUGAGGUCCUUGCACACCCUCAAAACUAUUUCAAAUACACAGAGAAACAUAAGGAGAUGUUACCCCGAUCCUUCAUCAAACUUCUGCGCUCCAAAGUAUCUGCUUUUCUGCGACCGUAUAAGUAA